AUGGAAGCUUCAUUUCAUCUUGUCGAGUCUGAGCCUCCGGAAACUAUCGUGGGCAAUAUUGCCAGUAAAAUUAACAUCGCCAGAGGCCUUUCAAAAUCAGAAUUUAACAGUCUUCGAUAUAGUUUUCUGAAUCCUAAUGACGAUAGUAUUGCUUCACUUUUCAAUAUCAACCCAGAAAAUAGUGACGUGUCCACUGUUGAGAAGAUUGAUAGAGAAAAAGUCUGCGAAUUUACAUCGGAAUGUGUCAUUACUUUCGACAUAAAAAUCAGUUCGUUAGUGACGUCAUUUUUUGAGAUCGUUACUGUGAAAAUUAUCAUCGAUGAUUUAAACGAUAACCCUCCUAAAUUCCCAGAAUUAGAAAUCACCGUUUUUAUCCCAGAAAAUGUGAAUCCCGGAUCGACAUAUCGAAUAAACGGAGCCACAGAUUUAGACAGGGGUCAGAACAAUUCUGUUCAAUUAUAUGAAAUGGUUUCAAGUGCUAAUUUAUUUGAUUUGAAAGUUGACAAGAAAUUGGAUGGAACUUCUGAUCUGAGAAUCGUGGUAAAAAAUGUCAUUGAUCGCGAGAAGAAACAUUAUUAUCGGUUUUUUAUCGUGGCCAAAGAUGGCGGUCGACCUCCCUUAUCUGGAAAUGUGACUGUCAAUGUUAAUAUUACUGAUGAAAAUGAUAACUCGCCAGAAUUUACAGAAGAAAUCUAUGACGUAUCAGUGACAGAGAACACCCCAAUUUAUUCAGUAAUUGCUAAAAUACACGCCAUCGACCGCGAUAGUGACAGUAAUGGUAAAGUAUCAUAUCGGUUUAGCACCCUUAAAAACCCUGAUAUUGAAAAGCUCUUUGCACUUAAUCCUUUAAGCGGUGAUAUCACCGUGAAAAAUGAACUUCAAUAUCAAUCAGGCAAACAAUUUGAGACGAUUGUGGAAGCUUUUGACCAAGGUACUCCGCCACAAGUUGGUCAAGCAAAGCUGAUUUUGAGGAUUAUAGACGUGGGAAAUAAUCCACCCAUCAUAACUGUCAAUCCGGUAUCAGACGUGGUAGGUGACAUGAUAUUACUGCCGGAAGGUGCACGGAUAGGUACUGUUGUAGCCCAUGUAAAUAUUGACGAUAAAGACCAGGGUCCUAAUGGAGAUGUUCUGUGUUCCUGCUUGCAUGAGUAUUUUUCUGUUCAUAAGCUAGAAGGCCGUGGGUAUAUCGUUCAAGUGAAAAAGCCUUUAGAUCGAGAACUCGUUGAUGAACUUAAAGUUACCGUUGUGUGUCGUGAUUCCGGAACCCCAAGACUCUCGGCAAGAACCAAAUUUCGAAUUAAACUUACGGACGAGAAUGACAACCCUCCGAUUUUCACAAAGAGAGUCUAUGAAACAACCCUUGAAGAAAAUAAUGUUAUAGACCGACCUCUAAUCCGCGUUUCUGCUGUUGAUGACGAUCUUGGUAGGAAUGCAAUUGUUCACUAUCGCCUCAAACUGGAUGAUCAGGGCAUGUUCAAAAUCAACACGAAUACAGGAGAGAUUGUUGCUAAUGACGUGUUUAAUAGGGAAACUAUAUCUGAAAUGAGUUUCACAGUUUUAGCCAUUGACGAGGGUACUCCACCUAUGACAGGAACUGCGGAAGUACUCGUGAGAAUUAUAGACCAAAAUGACAAUAGCCCCAAAUUUAGUCCAGCCGCUUUGAUAUUUUCAGUUCGCGAAGACACAAGAGCUGGCGGUGAGGUUGGCAUGCUGCAUGCAACGGAUGCAGAUUUUAAUUUUAAUGCAGACAUUGAAUAUACGAUGAUUGUCAGUGGCGAUAGUCUACCAUUUGUUGUUUUCUCUAAUGGGGUCAUUCGAACUGAUCGAGAACUAGAUUUUGAAUCCCAAAAGCGCUUUACAUUUAAGAUCAUUGCUAAGGAUAAAGGAUCACCACCUCGGAAUACGACUGCCACUGUGACGGUGUAUGUCAGUGAUUCCAAUGACCAUAGUCCGGUAAUCGUAUUUCCUACGGAUAAUAACAAUACUGUGACAAUACGAUCUGAUAUUGAGCCUGGUACUGUGAUAUCUCGAGUAGUGGCAUCAGAUAGUGAUGCUGGAGAAAAUGCUGUAUUAUCCUUCUAUAUCAAUUCAGGAAACGAGCAGAACAUGUUCCAUAUAGGAACAAAAACUGGCGAAAUAGUUCUUGCAAAGAGGAUUCGGAUUUAUGAAUCAACAGAGUAUUAUCUCAGCAUUUCAGUUCAAGAUCAAGGUACAACACAACAGGCGUCCGAAGCACACCUUACAGUUCUCGUAGACUUUGUAAACUCAACAGCAUUAGAAAUGGCAAGAGAAAGAGACUUGCAAUAUAUUAUCAUUGCCGGAGUCGUAACUGGAGUAACAAUCAUCCUUUCUAUUAUAAUUGUGGCCGUGAUCAUCUACGUCCGACGAUCCGACUUACAACGUAGACGUGGACAAACCAUAUGUGUUCAAGAGCAUGGUGAAAACAAAAACGUGGAGAAGCAGUUGUGGCAUAGUGUACCAAAAGAUGAAAUGGUUGCACCAUCGGAUAAAACUACCUUAGACGAAUUUUUCAAGGAAAAGAAUUGUGAGAAACCUGAUGGUGAUGAUUCAUACUUCAAAAAUAAAUCCAUGGAUCAUUUUUCUGGUCAGCAGUUUUUCACAUUUAGAAAGGUAAGUCACUUUGAAUUUUACUCAUCGUAUGUAUUGUACUGCAGUACAUGUGUAUUUAUAUCAGGUAGGUUGGUCAUUAGUGCUGUACUAUCUAAUUGA